AUGAUUAAUGACAUAUCUGCAAUAGAUGAGACAACAAGAGAACGUCUAAAGAGAUGGAAAACCCGUUUAAAGAAUCUAAUUGAAAUCCAACUACCUACCGACUAUUCCCGUCCUAUUCCUCCAAAAGUGGUAGAUGCCGUCCACACGUUAAGCCUUCCAGAUUCAACUGGGCUUGCC